AUGCAACAAGCCCACGCUACAGCACUGCAACAAGCCCACGCUACAACACUGCAACAAGCCCACGCCACAGCACGCAACAAGCCCACGCCACAGCACCGCAACAAGCCCACGCCCCAGCACCGCAACAAGCCCACGUCCCAGCACCGCAACAAGCACCAACGCCCAGCAGCACACGCAACAAGCCCACGCCCCAGCACCGCAACAAGCCAGUACCGCAACAAGCCCACGCCCCAGCACCGCAACAAGCCCACGCCCCAGCACCGCAACAAGCCAGUACCGCAACAAGCCCCCGUCGCAGCACUGCAACAAGCCCACGCCCAGUACAGCAACAAGCCCACGCCCCAGCACCGCAACAAGCCAGUACCGCAACAAGCCCACGCCCCAGCACCGCAACAAGCCCACGCCCCAGUACCGCAACAAGCCCACGCCCCAGCACCGCAACAAGCCAGUACCGCAACAAGCCCCGUCGCAGCACUGCAACAAGCCCACGCCCCAGUACCGCAACAAGCCCACGCCCCAGCACCGCAACAAGCCGUACCGCAACAAGCCCACGCCAGCACCGCAACAAGCCCACGCCCCAGUACCGCAACAAGCCUGCACUGCAACAAGCCCACGCUGCAGCACUGCAACAAAGCCUGCACCGCAACAAGCCCACGCUGCAGCACUGCAACAAGCCCGCACUGCAACACUGCAACAAGCCCACCGCUACAGCAAUGCAACAAGCCCACGCCCCAGCACCGCAACAAGCCCGCCCACCGCAACCCAGCACCCGCCAACAAGCCCCGCCACCCAGCACCGCCAACAGCCCACGCCACAGCACCGCAACAACCAAGCACCGCAACAAGCCCACACAGCACCGCAACAAAGCCCACGCCCCAGCACCGCAACAAGCCCACGCCCCAGCACCGCAACAACCCACAACCCCAGCACCGCAACAAGCCCACGCCCCAGCACCGCAACAAGCCCACGCCCCAGCACCGCAACAAGCCCACGCCACAGCACCGCAGCAAGCCCACGCCACAGCACGUUCCUUAA